UCCGCCUUCAUGAUGUCAGCGGAAGUUAAGAGAAAACAGGCAGGCCAGAGAGGCUGACAGAUUAUAAAAAGAAAAAAAGAAAGCUUCCUUGUCGAGGAGUCGGUGUGUUUAAAAUAGUGAGCGCUAGGUUUAGUUUUUCCCUUCACAAGUCCAGAUGUUCUAUUAGCAGAAGACCGGUCAAAAUGCUGCCGUUCUUUGAGAAAUGUUCGUCGGCGUUUAAACUGCGAGGGUCACUUUUCGUCUUUCUUCUCCCCCUCGUCGUUUUUCUGGGUGACGCCAGAAUUCAGAGGACACCAGUCUCCGGGAAGGAAAUGUCGGAAACUUACAACAAAUAUUACAACUACAACGAGCUAACCGAGCGUUUGCAGCAGCUGGCCCGGAGGUACCCCAGUAUCGCUAACCUGUCGAGCGUCGGUCAGUCCGUGGAGGGCAGGGAACUGUGGGUAAUGCGGGUCACCGUGGACCCCGACAAAGACACUCCCGGGAAACCGAAGUUUAAAUACGUUGGUAACAUGCACGGCGAUGAAACCGUGUCCCGCCAGGUGCUGGUUUACCUUGUGGAGUACCUGCUGGCUCAGUACGGGGAGGACCCGCGCGUGACCGCGCUGGUGAACAGCACGGAUAUUUACAUCAUGCCGAGCAUGAACCCCGACGGCUUUGAGAGGUCCAAAGAGGGGGACUGUCCCGGGGACAACGGAGGCCGAAACAACGCCAGGAACAAGGACCUGAACCGGAGCUUUCCCGACCAGUAUGACGGAACUACGACGGACGCGGACAGCGUCCCGGAGGUCAUGGCUGUGAUCAGAUGGAUCCAGGAGAAAAAGUUUGUGUUGUCGGGGAACCUGCACGGUGGCACGGUUGUUGCCAGUUACCCAUUUGACGAUUCUGCCAAGCAUCAGCGUCAAGGUUUCUACAGCCAGUCAGCGGACGACGCUCUGUUUCGCUACUUGGCCCUGGUGUACUCGCAGAACCAUCCCGUGAUGAAGACCGGCAAGCCCAACUGCCCCGAGGACUCCUCAGAAACCUUCGAAGAUGGCAUUACCAAUGGGGCACAUUGGUAUGAUGUGCCAGGAGGAAUGCAGGACUAUAACUAUAUCUAUGGAAACUGCUUGGAAAUCACAAUGGAGCUCAGCUGCUGCAAGCAUCCCAACUCUAAUGAGCUCCGUAAGGAAUGGGAUCUAAACAGGGAAUCUCUUUUAGCUUACAUGGAAAAGGUGCACAUAGGUGUUCGAGGUUUUGUCACGGAUGCCGUCAGCGGAGCUCCACUCAGCAAUGUCAGCAUUGUCGUAGCAGGCAUUCGCCACAACCUGACCACAGCAAAAUAUGGAGAUUACUAUCGGCUGCUUCUGCCAGGAACCUACAAUGUCACAGCUGUGGCUGCUGGGCACUUGUCCAAGACAGUCAGAAAUGUCCAAGUCAUCGAAGGCGAAGCCACUGAGCUUAACUUUACUUUGGCUCCUUUGGUGAAUAAGACCCAGAAAAAUAUCUCUCUGGAUACAACUUCCAUGCCACCUCGUGUUCAUCAACAAAACGCCACCGUCAGUCCUUCUAUCUUAUCUCCGACUGAACCUGUUCUCCCUGAAGAAGACAAGAGCCGCGCCCCCGUCCAUCCACCUGUGCAUCAGCCCCUCCAGCCCCAGGAAUUCCGCCACCACAACUAUGCAGAUAUGGACUUGUUUUUGCGAAAAUACAGCAGCGAGUUUCCCUCCAUCACUCACCUCCAUUCUAUCGGUCGAUCUGUGGAAAAUCGUGAGCUCUUCGUGAUGGUCAUCUCAGACAACCCCAAAGUUCACGAGCACGGUGAACCAGAAUUUAAGUAUGUGGGCAACAUGCAUGGCAAUGAAGUGGUUGGGCGAGAGCUGUUGCUCAAUCUCAUUGAAUAUCUGUGUGUCAACUACGGCACCGACCCAGAGGUCACUGAAUUGGUCAACAAUACUCGGAUUCACAUCAUGCCCUCCAUGAACCCUGACGGCUAUGAGGUGGCCCGGGAAGGUGAUGUUCAGGGCUACAAAGGGCGCAACAACAGCAACAACUUUGACCUGAACCGCAACUUCCCUGACCAGUACGUCAACAUCACCGAACCCAGACAGCCAGAGACCAUAGCUGUGAUGAACUGGCUGAAGACGGUCCCAUUUGUCCUGUCAGCCAAUCUCCAUGGAGGUUCUUUGGUGGUUAACUACCCCUUUGACGAUGCCACAGAUGGAAACAGUCAUUACAGCAAGUCACCCGAUGAUGCAGUCUUUCAGCAGGUGUCGAGAGCCUAUUCACAGGAGAAUCCCCUGAUGCACGAAGGGCACCCCUGUAAGGACCUGUACUCUGAGGACUUCUUUCAGGAUGGGAUCACCAAUGGUGCUCAGUGGUACUCUGUCCCUGGUGGCAUGCAGGAUUGGAACUACGUCAAUACAAACUGUUUUGAGGUGACCAUUGAACUGAGCUGUAUCAAGUACCCAAUGGCCAGAGAACUGCCACAGUAUUGGGAGCAAAACCAUCGAGGCUUGCUUCAGUUUAUACACCAGGUUCAUACUGGUGUUAAGGGCACCGUUUCUGACAUUGGAGAUGGUUCAGGAAUUCCAAACGCCACCAUCAGUGUAGAGGGGAUCAAGCACAACGUCACCACAGCUCGUGCUGGAGACUACUGGAGACUGCUGGUCCCUGGGACUUACUCCGUCACUGCCUCUGCUCACGGCUACAAGCCUGUGACAAUCUUGGCAACAGUUUCAAAGGAUCGGGCAGAAAUAGUGGACUUUCGACUGACACGUGUGUACCAAGAUGGUAACGGCCAGACUCCCAGUGGGCCCUACCCCACGCAGAACCCGUCUGAGAAGGAGCUGCAGAGCUUGAUCAAGGAGCUGUCCUUGGGUCAGGGCCUGGAGCAGCUGGUCAGCAGCUCAGCCACAGACAGCAGCUUUCGCUACAGAAGCUCUAAAGACCUGUCAGCCUUCCUGAGAGGACUGACGCUUAACUUCCCAAAAAUUACCUUUCUACACAGUUUGGGUCAGAGUGUGGAGUUCAGAACCAUUUCAGCCCUGGAAAUAUCCAAUAAGCCUACAGAAGCAGAACCUUCAGAACCAAAGAUCCGCUUUGUAGCAGGUAUCCACGGGAAUGCGCCGGUGGGCACAGAGAUGCUGCUGGAGUUUGCAGCCUUCCUGUGCAUCAACUACGGCAAGAACCCAGCUAUCACCAAGCUCAUCAAUUCAACCCGGAUUUUCAUUGUUCCAUCUGUCAACCCUGAUGGACGAGAGCAAGCAGUUGAGAAGCAGUGCACGUCGGCACAGGGCAAGACCAAUGCCAACGGCAAAGAUUUGGACACCGACUUCUUUGGCAAUGCCUCACAGCGUGUGGUUGAGCCCCAGCCUGAGACCAAAAGCAUGAUGAACUUUAUCAUGAACAACAAGUUCACUCUGUCUGUAGCUCUGGAUGGAGGCUCCCUCGUGGUGACGUACCCUUAUGACAAGCCUGUUCAAACCGUUGAAAAUGAAGGCACGCUGAAGUAUUUGGCAAGUGUUUACGCAAACAACCAUCCCAAGAUGCACCUCGGGGACACUGCGUGUUCCAACAAUGUUCAGAUUGGCAGUGUUCCAGAUGGAGUGAUGAGAGCCGCAGAGAGACAAAGUCACAUGGGGAGCAUGAAGGACUUCAGUAUGGACUUUGGCAACUGUCCUGAAAUCACAGUGUACACCGGCUGCUGUUUCUUCCCUCCGGCCGAUCAACUGGCCGCGCUUUGGGCUGAGAACAAGAAAGCCCUGCUCGGCAUGUUGGUGGAGGUCCACAAAGGAGUGAGAGGCGUUGUGAGAGACAAGAAAGGAAAACCAAUCGUUGGAGCAAUCAUUGUAAUAAACGGAGGAAUGCGAGUGUAUUCAACAGAAGGAGGAUACUUCCACGCUCUUCUCGCUCCUGGCAGCCACAAUGUUGAAGCCGUUGCUGAUGGCUACCAACAGAAACACCAGAAGGCCGUGGUGUCGUCCUAUGAAGCCGCCAGAUUCAUCGUCUUUGAGUUUGAUGUGGACAACACCAUCUUUGGUUUGGAAAGGGAGUUUGUUGUGGCCAGUGCAGCAGCCUCCAUGACUGCGUUGGUGGUGACGGCCUUCAUCAUCUGGUGCGUGUGCGCAGCCAAGUCCAGUCGUCAGAAGGACGGCUUCCAUCGGCUGCGACAGCACCGCGAAGACUACGACGACGAGAUACGGCUCGCCUCCAUGGGCUCCAAGAAGUCUCUGCUCGCCAAUGAGUUUCAGGAUGAGAGUGAAAGCGAUGAGGAGACAUUGUAUGCAAACAAAAUCUGAGAAAGUGUUUAGUCCAGUGCUGAGCUCCCACCAUGCAGCAAAGGAGCAAGCAGAACUCAAGACUGAGCUGCCUCUGUCAGUGUAUUAAAACUGUAAGAUAAUUCUCUUUUUAAACUUCACAUUGAUUACUUGGUUUUCAGUUUUGCAAAAUGAAUGAACUGACUCAAACAUUUUUUUUUUUUUAAUGCCAUGCCCUUAUCCAUCCAGCCAAUUGAGUCCAAAACAACCGAUGAGUCUCUUUCCCGUGUGUUUUUGCCAUGUUUUUAUUUUCAAACUAUUUCUAGAAAUAGUUCUUAUUUAUUUGUCCACGAUAAUAUGGUGGCGCAGCAAUGUCCAAGCCUUUGAGUGACUGAAUCCAGCACUGUGCCUUGUCUUCUCUAAACUGUAUAGUACUUAAUUCAUGCUGGAAUUUGAUCCAAAACUCAGGUGGUACUAUAGGAAAUGUAUCUGAGAUCCAGAGGGCCAGAGUUUAAAUUGGCUUUCCUGUGCUCAGCAGUUUUGUGUGUUUGGGAGGAAACUUAAACACGCCAAGAAGAAUCUAUUGAAUGGGUUUGUUCAAGCUCUGCUUUAUUGGAGUGUUUUUCUGGAAAUAAGAUUGUUCUUUAUCACUGGCCAAGACAAAAACUUAUAGCUAAUUGAGUAAAGAAUGUAUUUUAAGUUAUCUUUAAGUGUUAAAUUCUGUUAAAUGUCAUUUGUCACCAUGUUUGUUUUAGCACAAAUAUUUGGAAUUUUCAGAGUUUCUUUUACACUAUGUUGACUUAAAUUGGAUUUUUCGUUUAUUUAAGUGCCAAGAAAGCACAUUAAAUUAAAAAAGAAUUUUAGUUUGUUCUAAAAACCAAAGGCCAUGUAAUGUAGAUAUUUACAAAAGAAAAUAUGACCGUGAGGCUGAAUUCACACAUGUUCAGAAAUGAGGCAGCGUCAGUCUCUGGGGCGGGCUCGUUAAAACACAUUGAGCAACUUUGAAUGAAAUGAAAAAGAUUGAAAUGAAAGAUUUUCCUCUUUUUGGACUAAGUUGCAGAUCUCCAAACUAUCAGAUGUCUCCAAAUGUGUCAUUUCUCUGCAUGGCUUAGAAGCUAUACAAAUGUUGCUGUAAUUUUACAGCCAUUUUGUCAAAUUAUUUUCUGACAUGAGUGGAGAGACAGUUUUGUAAUUUAUUUUUCCUAUACUGUGCAUAAACUCUGUAUAUGAACUUUGGAAUACCAUUUUUGUGUGUCAUUGUUGCACAGUGUUGGUGUAAAGAUUUUAUAUAAACUGGAAUGAACUGUAAAUAGUGUUUAUCAGUUGUGAUUGGGAGUGAAAAAGUGCACUUUGUGUUUACCAUAAAUCCACGAUGUAACAAAGCUUGGUGAUACCAUGACAGGCUAAUCUUCACGACCUCACAAAACAAGGAAAUAAAAUAUUUCACUGCAUAUA